GUUCUUCAAGUACAAUAAUCAACUCUAAGUCUAUUAUAUUCAAGUCUUUGUUUUAACUUACAAUGGCUUCAAAUCAACUUACUGCCAUUCUAGUUCUCGUAGUUACACUUUUACUCCAAGGUAAUUACAAUAACGUCGUCGAAGCACAACUCACGACUAAUUUCUACUCAACCUCUUGCCCUAACCUCCUCUCCACCGUCCAAACCGCCGUUAAAUCUGCCGUUAACAGCGAGGCUCGAAUGGGUGCAUCUAUCCUCCGUCUCUUCUUCCACGAUUGCUUCGUCAACGGAUGUGACGGUUCGAUUCUGCUAGAUGACACGUCGAGCUUCACAGGAGAACAAAACGCGGCCCCAAACCGCAAUUCAGCUCGUGGGUUUAAUGUGAUCGAUAACAUCAAAUCAGCGGUGGAGAAAGCAUGUCCCGGGGUUGUGUCUUGUGCUGAUAUCUUAGCCAUUGCAGCCAGAGACUCCGUCGUAGUCCUUGGAGGGCCGAAUUGGAAUGUGAAAGUAGGAAGAAGAGAUGCAAGAACGGCGAGUCAAGCGGCAGCGAAUAGUAACAUUCCGGCCCCGACUUCGAGUCUGAGCCAACUUGUUAGUAGUUUCAGUGCUGUUGGACUCUCCACCAGAGAUAUGGUUGCUCUCUCCGGCGCACACACGAUCGGACAAUCCCGUUGCACGAACUUCCGAGCGAGAAUCUACAACGAGACAAACAUCAACGCUGCCUUCGCAACCACACGUCAACGAACUUGCCCUAGAGCCACCGGUUCCGGCGACGGAAACCUAGCUCCACUAGACGUCACCACGGCUGCUUCUUUCGACAACAACUACUUCAAGAAUCUCAUGACUCAGAGAGGUCUCCUCCAUUCCGACCAAGUGCUCUUCAACGGAGGCUCCACUGACUCCAUCGUCCGUGGAUACAGCAACAACCCGUCGAGCUUUAACUCUGACUUCGCGGCGGCGAUGAUAAAAAUGGGUGAUAUCAGCCCGUUGACUGGUAGUAGCGGUGAAAUCCGCAAGGACCAAAAACCAUUCAACGCCCGUGCUAUGGAGGUUGAUUUAGCACACAGCCGUAAAUUAAACGAAGAAGCUAAAACUAUCUAUAAGGCAGAUGAUGAGGCAGAUUCGAAAACUGUUGGGAGAUAUGACAAGUUCUAUGAGAGCUACGUUCAUUAUGAAGAAGAGGAGGACUAUGAUUCAUCUGAUCAUUUUGGACAUGAGUUUUGGGAAGACGAUACUCUGUUGGACUACUGAGAAUCCCGAUUUAGUGGAGAAGGUUUUUGCGUUUGGUGGUGUACAGGUUUUAGAGAUUUUUUUGGGGAUUUAUGUAAAUAUAGACAAAGACUAGAG